GUCCUAAAUUGGGUCCUGCAGGCUACGUGGCAACAGCUCAAACAUGGCAGUAACUUGCUCGGAAAUGUAUGUGGAGUAGAUCCACAGCGAAUUUUACUUCUGAGUUUGGAUUUUUACUAUAGUGUCUCAGUGAAGUAGUGUUGUAACAGUAAGGUCAUCUGAAAACGUGCUGAAAUGGCGGGGUGGUCUGGGUUUUCUGAUGAAGAGCUACGGAGGAUGCAACAGAAAGAGAGGACAUCGUCCGCCGCUCGUGGCCGAAAACCAGUGACCACCAACCGCAGUCGCCAGCAGCUGCAGCGGGAGAGGGCCCUGCAUCAAGCCGCUGAGCAACGGGAUGGCUCUGCUCAGCUUCCACCCGAACAGCUACUCGCCAAGCCGGCAAUGCAAGCUCCUAACCAGACUGCACCCAAAAUAACGCCGGAGAACGAGUCUGAGAAGAGCACCACCAGCCAGUCCCAAGAACCUGUGGUUGUAAACCACCACUCCGUGCCGACCACAGAACCUGCCGUGAUGGCCAAGGAGCUCGAAAAGCAGGAGGUGGAAUUGAGAGACAAGACUCGGCUGGAACAGCUUCAGCAAGAGCAGCGAAUCAUGGAAGAGAAGAAUAAACGCAAAAAGGCUCUCCUUACGAAGACCAUUGCUGAAAAGUCAAAGCAGACCCAAGCAGAGGCAGUGAAACUGAAGAAGAUUCAGAAGGAGCUGCAGGCCCUGGAUGACAUGGUGUCCAAUGACAUUGGGAUCCUUAGAGGCCGGAUAGAACAGGCCAGCUGGGAUUACUCUGCAGCAAGAAAAAGGUACGAAAAGGCGGAGGCGGAGUACGUGUCCGCCAAACUGGACCUGCACAAGAAGACGGAGGUGAAGGAGCAGCUGACGGAGCACCUGUACGCCAUCAUCCAGGAGAACGAGCAGCGCAAGGCCCGCAAGCUGGAGGAGCUGAUGAAGCAGCUGGAGCUGCAGGCGGACGAGGAGCGCUUCGAGCUGGAGAUCCAGGUGGAGAAGAUGCUCCAGGAGGUGGAGGCGGAGCCGGAGGUGGAGGCAGAGACGGGCGGAGGGGCGCAAACCCCGCCCCCCGAAUCUCAGCCAGUAAUGAGCAAUCCACCGGACUCUGGCCCACAAUGUGAGCCUGUGGCUGCUGAGGUCCCAGCCUCUCCCUCUUAACAGAGAGGGGAACAGGCUGUCCUGGGCCCCUAGUUUGAACAUGGUUACUGUACCCUUUCUUUAUCUCUGAGAAGGACAUCGUGUUCUAUGAAUCAUCUUCUCUGCGUAUAAUUCUGUACAAUGCCAAAUAAUUUGGUAUCAUGUCAACACCGUUUCUCUUAAUACGAUUAUAUGUUGAAAUGUACUUACUGGAAAAAGUAUUACAUUAUUACACCAAAUUGUAUUUGACAAGACACUAGUUUUCAGUGCUAACUAUAUACACUACUCAUUGGUGGAAAUUUUUUAACUUGGAAUGUCAUUUUUGGCAUUUCAGCAGUGGUUAUGAGCAAAAAUGGUUUUAAACAGAUGUCCAUUAUUGGAACCUUUCAUUUUGAGGAUUAUUGAGCUUUGAUAUCUUAUACAAUUAUUUAAAUGCAUUUGUGAGAAAUACAAGGCACGUGAAAUAAAAAACGAUCUAUUUAUAACUUAAUUGUGGGCCCCGGUCUGACCUUCAGUAAAGCUGAUGCAAUUGCACACUAUUCUGGAAUGAUCUCUGCUGUCCUCUUAAAUAUGGGUGCAGUGCAUUCCAUCUGCUUAUGGUCUAUAGCCCAAUAUUUGCUGUAGUUCUCAUUGUAUACACUAGAGAUUUUUGUCUGCACUAAUUGUGUGUGAAAGCUGGACAAAUAUGCCAUUGAACAACUUCUCUCUGAAUUGUAGAUAUCCUUAAAUGUUUCAUUUUUGAUAAGACGAAAAGAAACUUUCCAUCUCAUCUGUUCUAAUAAGGCUGGAGGGUUCCAGAAAUGUGUACAUUAACUUUUCUUUGUUACGUUGUUCUGGUAGACUGUCCUAUUUUUAUAUAUUUGUAUGUAUUUAAAUAUAAAUAACUUCUCUGCACACUAA